AUGCGAGAUGUUGUUAUUGUUGAUAUUCCCAAGAUGCAAACCGUAAUGUUUGUUACUUCUAAUCCAAAGAAUUUCUUGAUUGUGGGUUCAAUUUCUCAAGCCAUGUUAUCUAGGGUUCCUACUGAUCAUCCAAUCAUUGUUGAAUAUUUGAAGACCACAGUUUCUACUGGAGAUAAAUCUAAAAAGAAAAAGAGGCAUAAUCUUACUCAAGUUGUUCUUCAAGAAGAAUCAAGUGAGCAUAUUGAAAGUCUUGCUCGUAAAGAAAAGGAGUCUGUUCUCAAUAAUGAAGAAGAUUUUGCGAAUAUUGGAAUGAAAUCAACAUUUGCUUUAGAGCUAAAUCAAACUCCUCUUGUCUCUUCACAUAUGGAAUCUGAAGCAGAAAUUUAUAAACAAGUUGUUGAUGAUCCUUUUCUCAAUCUUUCUCAAACACCUCCUACUCCACCAAUUUUUUCUGCUACUUCUGAAUCCACACCAAUUCCAACAAGUAUAUUUUUUGCUCUCGUUUUCUCAGUUUUCAACAAAACCAUUUGA